AUAGGGGGAGCUAAGCGCAGGUAAAUGCGGUACUGUCUCUUUAAGAGUCGGCUUGCACAGGGAGAAGUGGAAAUGAGUUGUAGGCCACGCCCACGCCCAUCUGGCACUGACUGAAAUACUACUAGUCAUGCAAAGUUGAGUUGCAUUAGUAUAACUAAGAGAGAGAGAGACAGAGAGCGUGCAACAGUGUGGGCUGGGACUGGCUAAUUGGGUUGUUUGUGAUACAAGUAGCAACACAAGUCGAGGUCUGUGAAUUAGCAGUGUGUGUUGGAUUGCUAUGAAGAACAUGACUCUGAGGCGGCUGAAGCAGUUAAGCCGCAAGGAAGAGGAGUGGGGGAGCGCCACGGACCGGGAUGUGUACAGUGCGGGGAAGAAUGAGAUUUACCAGCCGGCUUCGGAGACAUUCAAAACCCUGGAUUCAUACAAAAACACCUCCGACGUUUACAACUACAAAACGCUGGCUUACUCCGGAGGAACGCUGCCCAGGAAUCACAGGAAGGGGGCAUCUUUGAAGUGGAAAUCUCUGACUCACUCGCCUGCACAGCAGAGGAAAAUUAUUAUCCUGGAGAAGGAAGACAAUGAAACGUUUGGCUUUGAAAUCCAGACGUACGGCCUGCACCACCAGAAUGAAAACUCGCUGGAGAUGUGCACAUUUGUGUGCAAGGUGCACGACCACAGCCCUGCCCAUGCAGGAGGGCUCAAAGUUGGAGACACCAUUGCCAGUGUGAACGAUGCCAGCGUGGAGGGUUACAAGCACAAGGAGAUGGUGGAGCUCAUCCGCUCAGCUGGAAACUACAUCAGGCUGGAAACUGUGUACGGAGAUUCGAUCAGGAAAGCCGAACUGGAGACCAGAUUACAGUAUUUAAAGCAAACCCUUCAUGAGAAGUGGGGAGAGUACAGGUCCUUAAUGGUGCAGGAACAGAGACUAGUUCACGGGAUUGUUCUGAAUGACCCUGCCAUGUAUGAAACGCUGGAGUCGGUGAGAGCCUGCAUCUACGGCACCAGCAGUGGAACCAAACCCAUCCCGUCCCCGAGUCCAGCCUCUGAUCGGCAGCUCUACUCCACCGGGAGGGAGCCCCUGCAGCACCCCGUCCCAUCCCAGAGUCCAGCCUCCCAUCGGCAGCGCUACUCCACCGGGAGCCCCUGCAGCUCAACCAGCUGUGUGAGGAGCAGCACAGUGGAGAGCGAGGACGCGCUGUAUCAAACCUGCUUCUUCGAGGAGGGGAUCCACAACUCCGCAGGGGACAAGGGGAAGCAGCCGGGGGUCCCAUGCAAAAAGGGUCUGAGCGACCUGUUCAGCACGACCAAGAGCAGCCUGAGCAGGAGUGCCAGCACCAGGAGCUACCAGACCCGAUCCUGGGACAAAACCAGCAACAGCAGCAGCAGCAGCAGCCAGAGCAACUACGGCUCCCUGCCACGUAAAAAGAAGCAGAAGAGCUUCCGCAGCACAUUCUUAAAGUUCAUCCCGGGACUCAAUCGCUCUCUGGAAGAGGAAGAAAGCAAAUUUUAGCUGCUUUUUUUUCUGGUUUUUAUUUUUUUGGUAAACCUUUUAAAGUUGUGGUUUUUUGGUUUUUUUUUUGGUUUUUUUUUUAAAACAAUUUUAAGUUAUUUAUUUAUUUGUUUUUUGGUUGUAAAUAGUUUCUUUAAAAACAAUGUUCAAAAGAGGGAUGCCAACACACGUUC